UAUGUCUAUUUCUCUAGAUGAAGCAGGAAAUUGUGAUCAUAUUUGUAGUCUGUUUUCGAGUUGUCAAGUUAUACCUGGACUUUGCAUGUGUAAUGACAAAUAUGAAGAAUUUUUUUGCAGCCAUAGUAGAUUUGCUAAAAUUCUAUUUCGACACGAUAGUUCAGGAAAUGAUCUUGGUAGUUUCGAACAGGUUAAUACCUUAGAAGAAGGUUUUGAUUUGUGCAGAAAUGAGCCUUCGUGUGUAGGAUACUCAAUUAGAAGAGAGCUUUUUGGCAGUUAUAAAAUCUGGUUGAAAUAUAAAAUUAUUUAUCCUGUUCUUGGAUCAACCGACGACAUGGCGUCAGUUGCCAUGUUAGAUAAAAAACUGGGAAUAUGCGGAGACCCUUUUGCAACCGUACAACAUGAACCAGAAUGUAUAGAUUUAUUAUGGAAAAAUGUCGGUUGUAAAAUCGGAACGGAAGCUUACUUGAACAAUAUAAAUGAUUGGAAAGGUGUUAAAAGAAGUUAUGAUAUAGAGAAUGAGAUGCAAGUAUUUAGUGAAAAUUCAACACAUUAUUCAUUACCAUCAUCUUGGGAUUCAAGAAAAAGCGUCAGAGAAAUGUGUUUUGGUGAACUAUCACCUUCUACGAAAAAUAUUGCAAUUUAUAAAAUUGUUACAUCUUCGCCUGUUUCUGAAAAUGAACUCUUCCAUCCCAAUCAUAUUGUUGACGGUGUUGAAAUGCAAGAUCCACUUUUGGGUGGAUGCGCCCUACUUGAAGGAAAGCAGCCGUGGAUAUAUAUAGAUUUAUUGAUACCUCAUAAAAUAAGACAAGUAACUCUUAUCCCGCCGUCUUGCUGCUGUGAUGAUCAAAUGGUGGAUUUAAAUUUAAAGCUUAAGCCACCGUCCGUCAUUAAUUCGGUAUUUUAUUAUGAAAUUUGUGAGCAGAAUGUCUCUUUAACGACUGGAGAAAAGCUUAAAACAAUUUUAUGCAAACCUCAUAUCAAUCCUGGACAAUAUUUUAGUGUUUAUUCAAAUAUUAACAAACACUUGGCAAUUUGUGAAAUUAAAUUAUUUACAGAUGACCUACUAUUAAAUAAAGAAGCGUUCUCCUCAAGCUAUCAUACGCCCAGUAGUAUGGCUUUCAAUGCUGUAAGCGAAUUUCUUACAGAUUUCUACUUUCAGUCUGUUCCCUCACAGCAUCAAUGGUUCGGAGUUGAUAUGGAAAAUGUUUAUUACGUUUACGGGAAUUGGUAUACUGUUUUAUGUGAAAAUAAAGAAACUUUCGGCAGAUUUUUAGUUCUCGAAAAGAGAGAUAGUGAAUCGCUACAACUAUAUAAAAUAUCUGCAUGGGGAAUUCUUAAAAGUAGAAUUACUGAAGAUGAUUACACCUUCAAAAAUAUUGCUUAUAACAAACCGGUAAAAGCGUCCAGCAUGCUUGAAGAUAACCUUGAAGGCUAUGUUCCCUAUGCGUAUGCAGCUACUGAUGGGAUAUUAAAUUUUUUUAUGUGUCACACAAAUAAUAUUAAAGGUUGGGUUCAAAUAGAUCUACUUGGUGAAUACAAAGUAAAUUACAUAGGAAUGCUAACAAGAAGAUACUAUGCAUAUGUAUAUGCUAAUAUUAGGGGCUAUUUGACAAAUGUAAGCUUAACAACCGAUCAAGCUAUACCAUUUAUCAUACCCAAUUGCUUUGAUAAUUCGGAUGGAACUCACAUCAGUGUUAUUGCCGGAGAAAUGAAAUUCUGGAAAUGUAAAGUUCCCGAACCUUUUGCUAGGUACACUGUAUUAUAUAAUUUAGGAACACAACCAGUAAAAGCACACGAAAUUCAAGUUUUCGGUUAUCCACUCAAUCAUUCAAGUAUUUUCAAAAGAUUGGAAUUUAUGUCAGCAAAUUCAAAUCAUAUGGGUAGUGCAAAAAAAUAUAAGACUAUUUCAAAUAUUUUACCUGUAAAGGCUAUUGAUAAAAAGUUGCCACCAGCUUUUCAAAAAUUCAUGGCUAGUUGUACAUCUGCAAGGGAAACUGGAAUGCCUUCAAGAAUAACUGUAUUUUUGAACGCUACUCAUAUCAUAGAUGAAAUCAUAGUACUUCCUUGUUUUGACUUACAUGACGAAAUUUUAGAAAAUAUUGAAUCAUAUGUUGAAUAUAGCAGGAACUUUAAAUAUCAAAAAUGUGAUAUAAUAGUUGGUGACAAUAGUACAUUACUUAUUCCAACAUAUUUUCAAUGCCCACCGAAAACGGAAGGCGACCGAAUAUCAGUGUACAGAAAUGAUUCAAAAAGCUUAAGUAUAUCUGAGAUUAUAGCUUUUGGUGUUCCAUCAGCUAAGAAUUUAGAAGCGGCUAAUGAACAAGAGAGUUGGAGAUUUCUGAAGGAAGGAUAUAAGCUACAAUCAACGAUUACUUAUAGAACAAUACAGGAAUCUCUAUCGAUUUUAGAUUGUUGGAAAGAGUGUAAUAAAGAAAAUUGUAAAGCCUUUUCCUAUUCAAAACUGUUGAGUGAAUGUAUUGUUUCUAAGGAAAAAUUGAUGAAAGGCUUUACAAUGGGUAAAAUUGAACCGAGCAAUCAAGAAUUCGCAACAUUUAUCUUAACAGGAUUGGCUUGUUCUGCAUGCCAGAGUGACGAUGAUUGUAUUGCUAAUGGAUAUUGUCAAGAAGGAAACUGUCAUUGUAAUACAUUAUAUAAGGGUUCCCUCUGUAACGAAGGUAGAAGCAUCAAGAUCUAUGAUAAUUACGUUUCUGAAGACUAUCCUCUCACGCAGGAGCCUUUUAUAAUUUCUACUUAUUCAGCAUGUUAUGAUGCUUGCUUAAAUAAUACGAAAUGCGUUGGAUUUGUUUCUAUGUUUUAUACAUCACAAUUUCAUUGUUCAAUGCAGGAAAUAAUUUCCUAUCCAAUGAUUUACCGUUCACCGAAAGCAUCAAAGAAUUAUACAACUAUGAUUCUGAAAAACAGCGAAUACGGCGUUUGUGGAUUAGGUAAUAUUACAGCAAGACACUCAGAAGAAUGUAUUGAAUAUUUAUGGGAGAAAACUGGUUGCGUAAAGAAUAGUUUUUAUUUUUUAGCAAAGUUAUCCUUUUGGAUAACAAAUCUUAAAAUCGACAAUAUAAAAUAUGAAAUGAAAUUUAUAAGAAAAAAUUCAGUACAUAUUAGCUACUCUCAAGCAUUUAAUGAACAGAAUGAAUGGUAUAGAGUUAUGUGCUUUGACCAUAUUUCUCCAUCAAUUUUUAAUAUAGCGCUGUAUAAAACCGUUGUUGUAUAUACAUCCAACGAAACUGAGAAUUCUGAACUUUACCAUUAUUCUCAUAUUGUUGAUGGCGUUACAGAAUCUAAUCCAUUGCUAGGCGGCUGUUCAAAGGCAACUUUUUGGAUAGGAGUUGAUUUACUUCAAGAUUACUUCAUUAUUACAGUAGCAAUUUAUGCACCUACCUGUUGUUCGACUCAAAUUGUUGAUAUUACUAUUAACAAAAAUCAUAUUCAAAAUAUAACUAAAAGACAGGAAAAUCUUUGUAUGGAGAAUGUUUUACUUAAUUCAUCAAGUAGUAAGACAAUGGUAAAUUGCUUGUUAACCGUAAGUUCCGGAAGAUAUGUUAUUCUUAGUAAUGCUCUUACAACAUCUAUGAUAACUAUCUGCGAAAUAGAAGUAUUCACAAGUAAUAUAUUAUAUAAACAACAACAAGUAUAUUCAUCUGGAGUUUCGAAAACCUAUUUUUCACCAAAUUACGCUCUUAAAGAGAGGGUUUCUACUGGCUAUUGUUUUGUUGCAUCUUACUCAAGUACAUCUUAUGGUUGGAUUACAAUAGAUCUUCAAAACAUAUAUCUCAUAUAUGGAAUUGAUAUUUUAUCUCUUAUUAACACUAGCCACCAUAUUGAUAUUAUCUUGUCUAACAAUAACAAAACUUCAGAAGGAAAUUUUGAAAAUGGAAUAAUAUGCGGUAAUGAAACUAAUUUUAUAGCAGACUAUUACUCUACAUUCUUCUGUAAUAUUAACAAUUCUACUGGUAAAUAUAUUUCUAUAAUAAAGAAAGAACUUGGUAAAUUAUCUAUUUGCCAACUUGAAAUGUGGGGUUUACUUAUUGGAGAGAACAAUGAAAGUGCAGUAAAUAUCGCUUAUAAUAAACCUGUUUGGCAGUCGUCUCUAAAACAAAAUUCUCUCAUUUAUGCUCCCUACUUUGCUACUGAUGGAUCUAGUGGAAUAUAUUUUGCAAAAACCUUGAAAAUUAAAUAUUCUUGGUUGCUUGUUGACCUUCUAUCCCAGUAUAAAGUAUUGUGUAUGUCUAUCUUGAUUCAUCCUAGAGAAACAUAUUUGGGUCUAUAUAAUAAUAUUCAUGGUCAUAUUACUAGAAAACUAUUAUAUAUUCCUCUUAAUUCAUCCCUUUUACUGGCCUCCAUGGUGGGAAAUUGCUUUGAAACUAAUUCAACAGAAUCAGAAAGUCUGAUUAGAGGAAAAUUGAAGUUUUGGUACUGUAAGAAUCCUAAUCCGAUCGGUCGCUUUUCAUUACUAUAUACAUCUCUUGACCAAAGUUUAACAAUACCUGAAUUGGAAAUUUAUGGAACUCCUGAAUUUGAUGCAUAUAGCGUUAUAAAUACAAGGACAGCUUUUAUGAAUUCAAUUGAUACAAUUAGCACAGAUUAUCCAAAUUAUAAAAAAUAUGGCGUAAAAGCGGUAGACGGUUUUACAUGUCCCAUAACGAAUAACGUUAUAAUUCCUGGUUCAAGUUGCGCUAUGGGCGUUGAUGUAAAAGAGAUAAAACUAACGGUGAUUUUAUCAAAGGUUUACUUAAUUAAAGAGAUAGUUGUUAUUUUACCUAUGAACAAAUUAAGAAGCGAUUCAUUCAAUAACGUAUUUAUAUCUGCCGAUCAAACAGCUGAUCUAAUCACCAGAAAACUUUGUAACUUUUAUAAGAAAAAUUAUGAAAAAAAUGUAACUUCAUUACCAAUAUAUAUUCAUUGCUUGGGUGAAUUAUACGGCGAUCAAGUUUCUUUCUAUCGAUCCGAUGGUUUUAAUAGAUUAGAGAUUUGCGAAAUAUUUGUGCUCGGUCGUAAAGCAAAUUUUCCAGCUGAAAAUUUAGUUGAUCGAUUUGUAAAUGUAUGGAGAAUGGUUGAAAAAGGAGCAAGAAUAGCUGAAUUAUUAGUGUCAAAUAUCAAAUUGAAAACAAAAUCUAUAACCGAAUGUUCAAAAUUUUGCUCAAAGACAUUCUCUGGCGUAUGUCUAACUAAUGACGACUGCUCUGAGGGAUUUUGUAUUGAUGGAACUUGUACUUCUUGUGAAAAGAAUACGUUGUUUGCCUCUAUUUGUAACUUUCGGAAUACUUUAAAAAUUCUCUCAAGAGUGUCAGCAAAUGGUGAUGACACAGAUUUAGAAAUCAGCGAUAUUCCCUAUAGAGCGAACGUCAUUGAAGAAUGUAUUAAUCUAUGCUUAGAGAGAGACGAUUGUAUGGGAUUUAACAUCUUUUCAAAUAUUGAUUUCAUUCAUUGUUAUUUCAAAAAGAAGAUAAUUCAACCCUUAUCUAUUGAUACGUCAAUAGAUUAUUUAUUUUUAAGAAUGGAUAUUCAACAGUCCAUAUGCGGCAUUGGCAGUGAACCGUUUGAAUACUAUCGUGAAUGUAUACAAAUGUUAUGGUCUCUUACAGGAUUGACGAAUCAAUAUGUUUUCAUUCGAGGAAUGAAUGAUAAACCAUCAGAACAGACGAAUAUUUUACACACUGCGAAUUGUGGAAUCUUUCAGAUAUCACCGAAUCAAACUCAAAUACAAUACAUUUGCUCUCCGACUUUUAAAGCUAGUAGGUAUAUUCUCAUAGCAAAUGAACGUAAUGAAGAGAUAAUUAUCUGCGAGCUUGAGGUUUUUACCAAUAAUUUAGCUUUGGGAAAAUUGGCAAUAUCUUCGUCUUCUAAUAAUAAGAUUCAUACGCCAGGAUAUGCUGUACACGAGCCUAAAUUAGACAAUUGCUUCUUUUCUAAAUUAGAAAGCAUGUCGUGGUUUUCUAUUGACUUGGCAGCGGAAUACUUUGUAUAUGGUAUUGACUUGCAUUCAAGUGAGGCCUUAUUUAUUUCGGAUAUGUUAGAUGUAACGAUAACAAAUGAUCCCCCUUUCAUACAAAUACCAACUUCGAUGAUACAAUGCGAGAGAAUCAAUGAUAUGCUUGAAUUUGAUUUAUUUAUUACAUUUCUUUGUCCAAGUAAAGAUAUAUUUGGUCAAUUUUUGUUCAUACGUCAGUCUACUUUCCGGCUGGUGAUUUGUGAUAUAGAGGUUUGGGGUAAAUUUUAUAGAUCAUCCCCAUUUCAAGAUGUUGGCUAUAAAAAAUGGGCUUGGUUAUCAUCUUAUGAUACCUUUAGUAAUUUUACGGGACGCCUUUUCGAUUUUACUCCAACUGGAGAUCAUCCAACUUUAUAUCGAAUAGCCUCGAAAAGUGACGCUGUUGAAUAUAAAACGUUAGGCGGUCAUGUCGGCAACGAACCAUCUUUUGAAUCUAAACAUACGUCAGAGAGAAAUUGUUUCACAUAUAGCUUUAAUAUUCAUGGAGAGUUAGAGAAGAAUAGUUUUUCGUUUUUCGCUUGUUCCCCUUCAAAACCAAGUGGGAGAUUUGUUUUACUAUCGAUUCUUACAGACAAUGAACCAAUAGAAUUUGUCGUUAGUAAGAUUAUAGUCUAUUCGAAUAUUAUGGACAAUUUCAAUGAGAGAUAUAGAUAUUUAAAGCCAAGUUUCAUUGAAUACGAAUUGCUAGAUCCGAGCGUCGAAGUAAAGCAUCAAUAUCGAUAUCCACCAGUUCGAUUGUACGAUAAGAAUCCUGAUAGUAUCCUUGUUCAAGCAGCAUAUUUAAUACCUCUUGUUAAAGAAGAUUAUGCAAUUCUAUAUCCUAUUAUAGAAAAUUCUAAUAAAGAGGGAGAAAAUUUGAUUUGCAGUUUUUAUAGAAUGAAUUUAAAUUUCGUAAAUAAAAAUCCUAUUAUGUUUAAAUGUCCUAAUCAAACAUAUGGAAAUUCUAUUACACUUCGUAAAAAACCCUAUAAUGAGAAAUUUGUUUUAUGUGAUAUUGCAGCGUUUGGUUCACUUGCUCCAAACCAAAACAUAGCUUCAAAUUACUUACUACUAAGGGAUCUUGAUUGCUUUCAAAACGACAUCGUCGCUUAUGACAACAUGGAUUAUGAUACUUUUUUCUACAAAGGUAAGAGAAUUAUGAUGAUUUUUGGGAAUGAAGUUAAUGUUUUACUGUCGAAAUAUUUAGAUAAGGUGAACAGUCUUUGUGGAUCCGCGUCGACACAACAAGUACAUAUUAGAGAAUGUGUAGAAUAUAUUUGGGAGAAAUAUCUUAAUUGUAAUAAAAAUGCUAAAGGAUUACUUGAUAAUCUGGAUACUUGGAUGACUUCUUCUUUGACUUUGGAAGCACUAAGAAACCUGAUGAAAGUUUACUCUGUCAAUGCUUUCCAUUAUAGUGAAAGUAGCAGUUAUAUUUCUGAUAAAUUUAAAAGAUACUACUGCUAUGGCCCGGAUUCAAGUGGAAAAUAUAACAUUGCACUGGGCAAAACAGUAUAUUACGAGACUAACUUAUCUAUCGAAGAUAAUUAUCACCCAAAUCAUUUAGUAGAUGGAGUAGAAUUUUCAAAUCCAGAACUAGGAGGUUGUUCACGAAUAACAACCCUUUCAACGCAGUCUAUUGCCUGGGUGUCAAUUGAUAUGGCUGAAAUGUAUUUAUUCAGAAAAGUUGUUUUAUAUCCUGCCGAGAAUGGAUUAACUCAAAACUUGAACAUAGUAUUUGGAAGAUAUAGUCCAAGCUAUGCAAAUAUGUUAUCCACUCCAAACACAAAAACCUGUGCAAGAGACAUCAUUCUCGUAGGAGAUGGCUCGAUAGUUGAAGUAGCUUGUUCUCAAGAAAUUGUUCACACUAGAUACGUUUCUCUGUUUACCUUUGAGGCCUCACUGAUGCUUUGUGAAGUUAAAGUUUUUACAAAUAAUAUUGCUUUAAAAGGAGAAGCUUUUGCAGCGAAUGCUCAAUCGAUUGACCACUACGCUAGUUUUGCUGUAAGAGAGAAUACCGAUCAACUUUUCUUCCAAACCCAUACAAAUGUAUGGUUUACUGUAUUCUUAAGAGCAUGCUACCUCGUUUAUGGAAUAGAUCUCUUUAAAGCCACUUUUCCUACAGACAUAGAUGUUUCAGUAACUAAUAAAAGUUAUGCAGAAACUACACAUGCUAACACUCAAUUUUGCCAUUCAACAUCACACAAAAAUGAUGAAAACGUGUAUCUAUUGUGCUUACACAAAUCUAUAGGCCAGUUCAUCCUAAUUCGGGGAGAAACUCUUCUGAAAUUUCAAAGAAUAGAAGCUUGGGGAGUUUUAAAGGCAGAAACAGGUGAUUAUAAAAACGUUGCAUCUAAGAAACCGUCAUGGUCAUCGCUGAAUUUUCUAGAUGACGUAGAGAAAUCUCAUAACUACUAUGCAACAGAUGGAGAAGAUGGAAAGAAUUUGAUGAUGACAAAAGUUGAUGAUUAUCCUUGGUUUUAUAUUGAUUUAAUAGAAUUUUAUACUAUUUGGGCCAUCGUAAUUGUAAAAAGAGCACUUGUCGGAG